AUGGGCACAGAGGCGCCGCCGGCCGAGCCGCCCGCCGAGCAGAAGCCGCCGCUGCCGCCGCCGCCGCCGCCCGCCCAGGAGGAGUUCUCCUUCCUGCCGCUCGUCCACGACAUCAUCAAAUGCAUGGACAAGGACAGCCAGGAUGUUCACCAGGUGCUGAAUGAGCUCAAGAACAAGUUCCAGGAGAUGAGGAAGCUGAUCAGCUCCAUGCCCGGCAUCGGUGUGAGCCCAGAGCAGCAGCAGCAGCAGCUGCAAAACCUCCGGGAGCAGGUCCGCACCAAAAACGAACUGCUGCAGAAGUACAAGAGCCUCUGCAUGUUUGAGAUCCCCAAGGAGUAGGAGGGGAGCAACUCUGCUCUCCGGGUCUGAGCUACUUCCUCUCCUGACCGAACACGGGAAGAGAAGGCGGCAGAAAUUUGACUUUUCUUUGGUUUAUCCUUUUUUUUUCUUGCCGCAUUGCUCCAAACUUGUGCCUGUGUGGAUCACAGCCACGUGACUGUGGAGAACACUGUGUGCUUCACAUGCGAUGAUUACAGCAGUACAUUCACUUUGAUCCGCUGUAGGACUGGGUGUGUUUAUACAUGCAUCUCUCUCCUGUUUUCUUUCWUUUUUUCCUUUUUUUUCAUUCAAGCAAGUGGGAGGCAUUAUGUUUUCUCCAUGCGAAGGGGCAAAUUAUGUGCUGCUUAACUUCAACAGGAAAAAAGAGGGUGUUUUCAGCAAUUUUUCUGCCUUUAUUUUCUUUUUUUCUUAAACUUACAAACACGGCCAAACUUCAGAGGGAGCAAAAGGGGGAAGCAAGAGCUGUUUGGCCCUGCUCCUGGAAACRGGAGAGCAUUGAGUCUCGGGAGACACUUUGCAGUCUGUGCAUGUUGAAAGAGCAAUGAUUGCUUUCAGUUGCUUUUGUAGUUCUCUCUUCCUCUCUCUUUUUGUUUUAAAUAUUUUUUGGCAAUAAAUGAUGGUUGUAUCUAAGAUGAGUCAUGAGUCGAGUAAAGA